AUAACAGGGAACACGCAGUAUAACUUAGGAAAAUUACAGGAAGUGGAGGUGGAUCAACAUGAUCGACCGUACGACCCUCACAAAAUCAAAACUACACAUAUUUUAUCAAACCCAUUUGAUGACAUUAUUCCAAGAGUAUCUGCACAUGAAAGAAAAUCUAAAGAAACAAAAGAAGACAAAGUGAAGAGCAAGUCAAAAGCCACAAAAAAUUACAAAUUGCUGUCGUUUGGAGACGAAGCAGAAGAACAGGAAGAGGAAGUAGAUCUGGUAUCCAAGGACUCCAAAGGGAAGAGUAAAAGUAGUCAUGACCUUAUAGAUGACCCCUCCCUCAGCACAGAAACAACAGAAAUAGACCAGGAGGAAGUCAGACAGAGGCUAGCACAGCCACCAAAGGAGAAAAAGAGGAAAUCCCCGUCACCAGACAAAGACCAGAAAGAGGAGCAAGAGAGAAUAAGUAAAACUGAAGAAUUGCGACAAGAGGCAAAGCGAUUAAAGAGAGACCUGAGAGAGAUGAAAACAGAAAAGAAACAAAGUGAAGAGGACAAAGUUAAAGAAGAACCAGAGGAAAAGAAUGAGGUCAUAGCAGCCUACAAGGCAGAGCGAGAAAAAUACAAGAAAGCGAAAGUGAAGAAAGGGAGUGGCAGGGAGGAAGCUACACUGGCCCUGCUGGCAAAGUUCCAGUCCAAGCUGGACUCAGUCAAAAGAAUCUCUGGGGACUACAGUGAUGAGGAAGAGGCCCCAGAAGGGGAGACUGAAACUGCAGAGGCCCCAGGGGAUAUGUCAUGGAUGACUCACAAGUUAAUUUUUGAAGAUGAAGAAAGAAAGAAAAAAGUGAUAGAUGCCAACAUACAAGAACUUGAUCGUUAUGAGAUAUACGAUCCUCGUAAUCCACUUACAAAGAGAAGGCGAGAAAACAGCAAACAGACGAUGAAAGAAAAGAAAUAUAAAACAUGAUGUGACUGAAAACUAUUUAUGUGAAUGAUACAGCAUAUUCAUGAAAAGUCAUUUUAUUUUAAAGGA